AUGUCACAAACUACCGAUGUCCUAAUCAUUGGUGCAGGCAUAUCUGGGGUCGGUUUUGCCGUGCAGUUGAUCCGACAAUUUGGCACCAGAAACUUUCAACUUAUUGAGAAAUCUGAUAAUAUUGGUGGAACAUGGUGGGUAAACUCGUAUCCCGGCUGUGGCUGUGAUGUUCCAUCGCAUUUCUUCUCCUACUCAUUUGCAUUGAAGCCCAACUGGUCUCGAAGAUUUGCCCUGCAAUCUGAGAUACAUGAGUAUUUCACAGAGGUAGCAGCUCAGUACGAAAUUCACAAACAUGUGCAGUUAGCAUCUCUUGUUGAAAAAGCCUCUUGGGACGAAUCAUCCGGAACUUGGAUCGUCAUAGUUCGAGACCUUAGGUCAUCUAAAUUGAGAGAAUACCACAGCAAGAUCUUGAUAUCUGCAGUUGGAACGCUAUCUGUUCCGCAGAAAUGCACCAUUCCAGGUGUCUCAAGUUUCCAAGGAAAUAUGUUCCAUACGGCACAGUGGGACCAUAAGUUCAAUUGGAAGGAUAAGGAACUUGUUGUCGUCGGAAAUGGAUGCUCCGCGACACAAAUUCUCCCAGAGAUAUCCUCCGGUCCUGGAGCAGCUAGAAUGAUAACCCAAUUCUGUCGACAAGCACAUUGGCUGGCUGAGCGCCCUAAUCCAGAAUACUCUGGCUUGUUUAAGUGGACGAUGAAAUGGGUUCCUCUAGCGAUUCGUAUCUACAGAGCGAAAUUAUACUGGGAUCAAGAAAGAGAUUUCAAGGGCUUCGACAUAGAAACGGGGGCCGAGAUCCGCAAAGGCUGGUCAAAAGAUGCCGCUGAUUACAUCCGUGCUAAUGCACCUGCGAAAUAUCGAGAUUUUCUUGUUCCGAAAACCGAAAUCGGGUGCAAAAGACGCGUCAACGAUACGGGAUAUCUCGCUUGUCUGUAUCGAGAGAAUGUCGAUCUCAUAUACGACGAUCCCAUUGAAGAGAUAGUACCAACUGGAGUUCGCACGAAGUCCGGAAAGAUAGUCCCUGCAGAUGCAAUUAUCCUUGCUCAGGGCUUCGAGACACAAAAGCCGUUUGGAUCUUUGCAGAUAUUUGGCGAAAGAGGGGUGAGCAUCUUGGAACAUUGGGAGCGAGUGAGCGAGGGAGUCCCCUCUUCGUACUUGGGGACAUGUCUUUCAGGCUUCCCUAAUUUUUUUAUUAUGAUGGGUCCCAAUACCCUCAGCGGUCAUCUCUCUGUUAUCUACACUACAGAAUGUCAAAUUAAUCUUACGUUGCGCAUCAUCAGGCCUAUAUUGAACGCCAUGGGCACAGAGACAUCAAUUUUGGCCGUUAAUGGGCCAUCCCGAGAUAUCGUUACCGUUAAGCGUUCAGCUGAGAAACAAGAUAUCGAAAUGGUACAACAGAAAGCCAAAAAGCUAGUAUGGGCAACAGGUUGUACAUCUUGGUUCAUUGACGAGAAUACUGAGAGAAACACCAUAAUGUUCCCCGAUUGGCAGUAUAAGUUUUGGCUAAGAAGUAUUUUUGUUUCUUGGGAUGAUUUUGCCUACAGGACCUCAGCAAAAUUUCAUUCACAAUCACAUGGAAGCAGCGAGGACCUUUGUUGUAUCUUUAGCGAAAUCAAGUCUGAACUAACUCUUCUUUUCAAUCAAUUUUUUGAAGCGUCAGUUUCCGCAAUUAGUCAAGAUACCGCGAUCAAUGAAACAAAUUUCGAUUCGACUUGA